AUGGCGGGCGUGGCAGCAGCACGAGUUCUGGGGCGAGCAGGGCUGCAGGUCCGGCUCUACGAGCGCGAGCAGCUCGGGGGGCGCCUGGGCGCUCUACAGCUCGGCGAGCACCAGGUGGGCUUGGGUGCCACCUAUGUCAAGGCGAAGGACCCACUCUUCAAGGCUGAGAUGGCCAAGUGGGAAGAGAUGGGCUUGGCCUCGGAGUGGAGUGUGGGCGUGCCUCACUUCAUUGAGGGUCCUGGUGACUUCCGGGAGAAACCGGAGCUCAAGGGCCCGGACGACCGCUGGCACGUGGGCCGCCCAAACAUGGCAAGCUUUGUGCAGCUGUCGGAGGAGGACCGCAAGCAGAUCACCAUUUGCGGGGAAGUGUCCUCGUUGCGCUGGGCCGAG